AUGGCAUUGAAGGCCAAGAACAGUAACACAGAUGAGUCUUUAGAUAAUGAAAAUUCCAAAAUGAAAUCUUACAUUACAAGGCAAUUCAAGAAGUUUAUGAAGAAUGCUAAUGCUAAAGGAUUUGACAAAGACCGCAAGCAAUCCAAUUCAUUUAAGUUCAAGAACCAAGACAAAGGAAAGAAGGAUGCUAAGGAUGGUGAGGCAUUUGAGGACGAGGACGAUGAUGGUGACUCCAACGAUGAUGAUGAUGAGAAUGAGGAUGCCAGCUCUUCCGGUGAGGACAUGAUGAUUUAUGGAUAUGAGGACAACAAAGGAGUUCACUUGGAAGAGUCUGAUGCAAUUAUAUUGGUGGUUCUUGGACAUAUGAGAGACCGUGCCCUCGACCCGUUUUUAUAG